AUGCCCUCAACGGUCAUACACUUGCCCAAUGGGCAGACCUACACAGUCACACCUGUAUUUGGCGGCUACUCGUUCAAGUCCGCUAACCUCGAUGUGCACCACUCAGCUAUGCCGCCAGGGUGGACGGUACAAUUGCAGACCGAGGAUGAGGUCGACGAGAUCAACGAGACGGAGCGGCGUAAGAGCCGGAUCUCUGUCAUUCGCGAACCUUCAGACGACCAGGAUCCCAACCAGAAACGAACGAUAUCGCACCGGUUUGCUAGGACAACGGUACAGAGCGACACGGUCUUCAUAUCUAGUAUAUCUAUGCCAGCCAACAGCGACUUCAAGGGGCCUACUUCUCCCACUCGACAUAUAGCACUGAUGUUAUGGGCUACGUUAUGGUGGUACUUCCACAAGGAGGCUCCCAACAUGUCGAUUCUCACUGAGGACUCCGCACUCACUCCUGAAGCCGGAAGGCCCAAGGUGGAUUGGAGGAUAAAAAUCAAAAGAGAAGGCAUAUUCAAGGGCAAGAACGUAAUGCAAAAACUGGAGAGAAUGGGUCUCAUUGCAAGUGAGGACUCAUGCGUGGGCACCGACACCGACAUCAGACUCCCCGGCGGCUGGGGUGAGGCUUUUGUGAGCCAACGAGCCUUCUGGCAGAUCGAUCCGCGGCUGUUUCUGUUCACGUUAGCACCCUCGGCACAUUCACCAUAUCCAGCGCAGUCACCACAUCCUUCGCGACCGUCGUCUCCGGAGCGAGGAACGGCGGAUGGUCGUCCUGCUGCCAGGCCGGUGGACAACAUCACAACAACGGGCAUCUUGCCCGAUGGACUCUCUGCUGGCAUCUCGUCACCUGGUGGACCAUUUCAAUCCGCCAGCCAUCUGCCUACAUACUAUCCACCUCCUCCGCCUCAGUACACCUUCACAAAUCACAUCCGGCAUCCAAUCCGACCGAGGCCCCCUCGACAAGGCGAGACCUUCUAUACGCGCUAUAUUCCAAGUCUCGAAUCAUGGUUGUCUUUCAGAGUCCCAUCGCUAUCCCCGCGACCAGUACCGCACGUCAGUUUUGCGACGAAUGGCAACUCGAUGGGUCUGCCCGCCCCGGCAGCAGCAGCGUCCACUAGCGAUCGGCCCAUCAGUGUAGCAACACUGCCUACGCUUUCGUCUUUCAAUGAGCGCUCUUCCGAUCUCGAUCUCCUGCAUAAAUGGAUGAAUGACCCACGUGUCAACCGCGCGUGGGGAGAGGCUGGACCAAAAGAACGGCAGAAGAAGUUCCUUGAGGACUGUCUAUCGAGUCGGCAUUCCUUUCCUGCUUUCGGCUGUUGGGAUGGCAAGCCUUUUGGCUACUUUGAGGUAUACUGGGUGAAGGAAGACAAGCUGGGCAGACUCUUGGGUGGAGGCCUGGACAAUCACUGUCGAGGGCUGCAUGUGCUCGUGGGAGAGAACGAGUUUCGGGGUCCGCAUCGGGUUAAAGUAUGGCUGAGUUCCCUGGUCCAUUAUGCUUGGUUGGCCGACAGUCGGACCGAGCAGGUGAUGCUGGAGCCACGGGUGGACAAUACCAAAUUCAUCAACUACCUCAAGGAAGCCGGCUUCUACAAGCAGGGCGAGGUCUCGUUUCCACACAAACAGAGUGCGGUGAUGAAGCUGGACAGAGAGAGCUGGAUCGCUCCGAGCAUAUGA